CCAACUGCGCGGCGCUGCGCCUCCUCGCUCCGCCGGCCGCCCUCAUGGCGCUGAGCAGCUUCUGCAGCUCUGAUGGCUCCGAUCCGCUCUGGGAUUGGAAUGUCACAUGGCACACCAGCAACCCUGACUUUACCAAGUGCUUUCAGAACACGGUCCUCACAUGGGUGCCUUGUUUCUACCUCUGGUCCUGUUUUCCCCUCUACUUCCUCUAUCUCUCUCGACAUGACCGGGGCUACAUCCAGAUGACACACCUCAACAAAGCCAAAACUGCCUUAGGAUUCUUUCUGUGGAUCAUCUGCUGGGCAGACCUCUUCUACUCUUUCUGGGAAAGAAGUCAGGGAAUGCUCCUAGCCCCGGUGCUACUGGUCAGCCCGACACUGCUAGGCAUCACCAUGCUGCUCGCCACCUUUUUAAUUCAGUUUGAGCGAAGGAAAGGAGUCCAGUCCUCAGGGAUAAUGCUUACUUUCUGGCUUGUAGCCCUACUCUGCGCCCUUGCCAUCUUGAGAUCUAAGAUCAUCUCUGCCUUAAAAAAGGAUGCUCAAGUGGACAUGUUUCGAGAUUCUGCAUUCUAUCUCUACUUCACCCUCGUGUUCAUUCAGCUUGUGCUGUCCUGCUUCUCAGACAGCUCACCCUUGUUCUCUGAAACUGUCCGUGACCCGAAUCCAUGUCCAGAAUCGAGUGCCUCUUUUCUUUCCAGGAUCACUUUUUGGUGGAUUACAGGGAUGAUGGUGCAGGGCUACCGCCAGCCCCUGAAGAGCAGUGACCUCUGGUCAUUGAAUAAAGAGGACACGUCAGAAGAAGUGGUACCUGUGCUGGUGAAUAACUGGAAGAAGGAAUGUGUUAAGUCGAGGAAGCAGCCUGUACGGAUUGUGUAUGCCCCUCCCAAAGAUCCCACCAAGCCUAAGGGAAGUUCUCAGUUGGAUGUGAAUGAGGAAGUGGAGGCACUGAUUGUCAAGUCAUCCCACAAGGACCGGGACCCCUCUCUGUUCAAGGUGUUGUACAAGACCUUUGGGCCCUACUUCCUCAUGAGCUUCCUGUACAAGGCCCUUCAUGACCUGAUGAUGUUUGCCGGCCCUGAGAUCUUGGAAUUGAUUAUCAGCUUCGUGAAUGACAGGGAGGCCCCUGACUGGCAGGGCUACUUGUACACAGCACUGCUGUUUGUCAGCGCCUGUCUGCAGACACUGGCACUCCACCAGUACUUUCAUAUCUGCUUCGUCACCGGCAUGCGCAUCAAGACUGCUGUGGUGGGCGCUGUUUACCGCAAGGCUCUUGUGAUCACCAAUUCAGCUAGAAAAUCGUCCACAGUUGGAGAGAUUGUCAACCUCAUGUCCGUGGAUGCCCAGCGCUUCAUGGACUUGGCCACGUAUAUUAACAUGAUCUGGUCAGCCCCUCUGCAAGUCAUCCUAGCCCUCUACUUCCUGUGGCUGAACCUGGGCCCUUCUGUGCUGGCUGGGGUGGCUGUUAUGAUCCUCAUGGUGCCCUUCAAUGCUGUGAUGGCCAUGAAGACCAAGACUUACCAGGUGGCACACAUGAAGAGCAAAGACAACAGAAUCAAGCUGAUGAACGAGAUCCUCAAUGGGAUCAAAGUACUCAAAUUGUACGCCUGGGAGCUGGCUUUCCAGGACAAAGUUAUGAACAUCAGGCAGGAGGAGCUGAAGGUGCUGAAGAAAUCUGCCUACCUGGCGGCUGUGGGCACAUUCACAUGGGUUUGCACCCCUUUCCUGGUGGCUCUGUCAACCUUUGCUGUCUUUGUGACUGUGGACGAGAAGAACAUCCUAGAUGCAAAGAAAGCCUUUGUAUCCCUAGCCCUGUUCAAUAUCUUGCGCUUCCCACUCAACAUCCUACCCAUGGUCAUCAGCAGCAUUGUGCAGGCCAGCGUGUCCCUCAAGCGUCUCAGGAUCUUUCUGUCUCACGAGGAGCUGGAGCCAGACAGCAUCGAGCGAUGGUCGAUCAAGGAUGGUGGAGGGAUGAAUAGCAUCACUGUGAAGAAUGCAACCUUCACUUGGGCCAGGGAUGAACCUCCCACACUGAAUGGCAUCACCUUCGCCAUCCCUGAUGGAGCCCUUGUGGCCGUGGUGGGCCAGGUAGGCUGUGGGAAGUCAUCUCUGCUGUCAGCCCUGCUGGCUGAGAUGGACAAAGUGGAGGGACAUGUGACUCUCAAGGGCUCCGUGGCCUAUGUGCCCCAGCAGGCCUGGAUUCAGAAUGACUCUCUCCGAGAGAACAUACUGUUUGGGCGCCCCCUGCAGGAACAUUGCUACAAGGCGGUGAUGGAAGCCUGUGCCCUCCUUCCGGAUUUGGAAAUCCUUCCCAGUGGGGACCUCACAGAGAUUGGUGAGAAGGGUGUGAACCUGUCAGGGGGCCAGAAGCAGCGUGUGAGCCUGGCUCGGGCUGUGUAUUGUAACUCUGACAUCUACCUCUUUGACGACCCCCUCUCGGCUGUGGAUGCACAUGUUGGGAAGCACAUCUUUGAGAAGGUGGUGGGUCCCAUGGGCCUACUGAAGAACAAGACACGGAUCCUGGUCACCCAUGGUAUCAGCUACCUGCCCCAAGUGGAUGUCAUCAUUGUCAUGAGUGGCGGCAGGAUCUCAGAGAUGGGAUCUUAUCAGGAGCUGCUAGACCGGGAUGGGGCCUUUGCUGAGUUCGUGCGGACCUAUGCCAACACUGAGCAGGACCUGGCUUCAGAGGAUGACAGUAAGAAUGGUGUCAGUGGUUUAGGGAAGGAGUCAAAGCCGGUGGAAAAUGGGAUACUGGUGACAGACGCAGUAGGGAAACCCCUGCAGAGGCAUCUCAGCAACUCUUCUUCCCACAGUGUGGUUACUAACCAGCAGCACAGCAGCACAGCCGAACUGCAGAAGUCUGGAGUUAAGGAGGAGACUUGGAAGCUGAUGGAAGCAGACAAGGCCCAGACAGGGCAGGUGAAGCUUUCCGUGUACUGGAACUACAUGAAGGCCAUUGGCCUCUGCAUCUCCUUCUUGAGUAUCUUCCUUUUCCUGUGCAAUCAUGUAUCUGCACUGGCUUCUAACUAUUGGCUGAGUCUCUGGACAGAUGACCACCCUGCUGUCAAUGGGACUCAGGAGAACAGGAAUUUUCGACUAAGUGUCUAUGGGGCCUUGGGCAUCUUGCAAGGUGUGGCAGUAUUUGGCUAUUCCAUGGCUGUGUCCAUUGGGGGCAUCUUUGCCUCCCGUCGCCUGCACCUAGACCUGCUACAGAAUGUCCUGCGGUCACCCAUGAGUUUCUUUGAGCGUACACCCAGUGGGAACCUAGUGAACCGAUUCUCCAAGGAGUUGGACACAGUGGACUCCAUGAUCCCGCAGGUCAUCAAGAUGUUCAUGGGUUCACUCUUCAGUGUCAUUGGAGCUGUCAUCAUCAUCCUACUGGCUACGCCCAUUGCCGCAGUCAUCAUCCCACCCUUGGGUCUGGUUUACUUCUUUGUGCAGAGGUUCUAUGUGGCCUCCUCUCGACAGCUGAAGCGCCUGGAGUCUGUCAGUCGUUCCCCUGUGUACUCACACUUCAAUGAGACCUUGCUGGGGGUCAGUGUCAUCCGUGCCUUUGAGGAACAGGAGCGCUUCAUUCGCCAAAGUGACCUGAAAGUAGAUGAGAACCAGAAGGCCUACUACCCCAGCAUUGUGGCCAACAGGUGGCUUGCUGUGCGCCUGGAGUGUGUGGGCAACUGCAUUGUGCUGUUUGCUGCCCUUUUCGCAGUCAUCUCCCGGCAUAGCCUCAGUGCUGGCUUGGUGGGUCUCUCCGUGUCUUACUCACUGCAGAUAACUGCAUACUUGAACUGGCUAGUUCGAAUGUCCUCUGAGAUGGAGACCAACAUUGUGGCAGUGGAGAGACUGAAGGAAUAUUCUGAAACGGAGAAGGAGGCUUCUUGGCAAAUCCAGGAGACAGCCCCACCCAGCACCUGGCCCCAUUCAGGCCGUGUAGAGUUCCGGGAUUACUGCUUGAGGUAUCGAGAAGAUUUGGACUUGGUUCUCAAGCACAUAAAUGUCACCAUUGAGGGUGGAGAAAAGGUUGGUAUUGUGGGUCGUACAGGAGCUGGGAAAUCAUCUCUCACCCUGGGUUUGUUCCGGAUCAAUGAGUCUGCAGAAGGGGAGAUCAUCAUUGAUGGGAUAAACAUUGCUAAGAUUGGCCUGCACAACCUGCGCUUCAAGAUCACCAUCAUUCCACAGGAUCCUGUUUUGUUCUCGGGUUCCCUCCGCAUGAACCUGGACCCUUUCAGUCAGUAUUCUGAUGAAGAAGUCUGGAUGGCUCUGGAGCUUGCUCACCUGAAGGGCUUUGUGUCAGCCUUGCCUGACAAGCUGAACCAUGAGUGUGCGGAAGGUGGAGAGAAUCUGAGUGUGGGGCAGCGACAGCUUGUGUGCCUGGCCCGGGCUUUGCUGAGGAAGACAAAGAUUCUAGUGUUGGAUGAGGCUACAGCAGCUGUGGAUCUAGAGACAGAUGACCUUAUUCAGUCCACCAUCCGGACGCAGUCUGAAGACAGUACUGUGCUCACUAUUGCUCAUCGGCUGAAUACCAUAAUGGACUAUACAAGGGUGAUUGUCCUGGACAAAGGAGAAAUUCGGGAGUGUGGUGCACCCUCUGAGCUCCUGCAGCAAAGAGGCGUCUUCUAUAGCAUGGCCAAGGAUGCUGGCUUGGUGUAAACUGAUCUCUGGCAUAUCUGAUGAGGACUGCAGGGCCAGGAUCCCAGUGUCCAGGCAUGAGCCAGCAACCCUGGAAACUUACACUCCACAGAGAAAAACCAAAAAUUGAAAGAAAACCAAACUAAAAGGAAGCAAAACACAUAAAGCAUCAGUCACAGUUUGCCCCAGCCUGGAUCUGACCUCGAAGAAGCCGGAAGACAGAUGUGCCCCACUUCAAACACGUCUGGCUUCUGGCACCACUUGUGAGGGUCCCUGAAAGUUCACCCAUGCUCCUGCUGUAUCCCAAAGCAAGGCCAUGAGCAGCCAAACACACUAGUGACCAAACACAAGCCACUGCCUCAUGCCUCUUCAGCCACAUUUAUAGAGGCCAAGCCAGAGCCUUUCCUGGCCCUGCCAGCUCUUCUGUCACCUACAGUCCUGUUGGUGACAGAAGAGUGUAUCUUGCCUUCAGGUCUUGCAUUUGAAAGCAUGGAAACCAAAACAAACAAACAAAAAAGAGAGAAAGAAAGAAAACUCCUAAAAAUCCUGUCCCUGUUAUGUCAGUGAUGUCCCCUUCCUGUCAUCUGGUCUUCACACACUCUGACACUGUUCCCUACAUUCAGCAGUGUUCACAGUAUGAGCUGUAGACACAGCUUUGUGAAGGGACCUGGUCAAACAGGCUUAGAACUAGGCCAGGCAACACUCCCUUCACAAGGACUUCUACCCUGCCCCUGCUUUCCGUUUCUUCCUGUCCAUAGGUGGAGAGGGCUCAUGCCUCACAUAACAUAUAUGAAUAGUUAUAAGCAGCAAAAGUCAAGAGCAGGAGGGAUGAACUAGCAAGAAUCUGGUAUCAAAGACUGCCAGAGUCUCCUAUAGGACAAGAAGAGAACCAUUCACAAAUAUCAAUGAUUUCUACCCCCUACUUUUGAGCAUUGUUUCUGGAAGAAAGAUAGUCCCAAGAAUUUGAUGUCUAGGAAGGAGGUACUAGAUUCAGGAAGCGGCCAUGCCCAGCUCUGUACUUGAUCCUCAGUCUGAAUACUUCAAAGUGGUUCUCUAGGUGUGUGGGUUACAGACCAAAGAGAGACCCCCAUGGGCAGCAAGAACUUAAUUCCAGCCACAGUUCAUACUUGCUAUGAAUUUUGGCUCUGAUUUUGGUCCCAGAGAAGUAUCCUUUUUCUUUAGGUGGCGAUAUAUAUGUAUAUAUAUAUUUGAUGUUAUACAUAUAUAUUUAACAAGUUUGCAUACAUGACAGAACAACAUAAAAAGUAGCCUUUAACAUCCAGAAACACCUGAGUCAGGUCCCAAGACAGGUUGAGCACAGGCUCUAUAACAGUGGUUGGGGAUCUGAACCCCACAUAGGCUUCAGGAGGCUUAAUUAAGACAGGAGGGCCUUGAAUGGGUGUCUCUUAAGAAAAACAGUCUACACAAAUCUUUAUUUUGACACUAAAAGAUUACAUAUCCAUUCCAACAGCUUUUCCUGUCCUGGCGACCCAAUAAGUUACACACUGGCACUUGGAGGCUAAUACGCAGGUGAUCACUGGUAACUUCUCACGGAGACCCCCAGAAGGACACCUUGGGGCAUAGGCUGGGGGGACAGCUGCAGUGGAACCUUCCUUCCAGAUUACUACAUCAGAAAAAGCAGCAUGGUUCUUGGGGGCUGGGCAACAGCGGGACUUCCUGGAUCCAAGGCCAAGGUCUAGUUGCUCAGCAAGGCACCCUGAGGGCAGCGAUGAUGGUUCCGGUGCCUUCAAUGGGGCCUUUCUCACAGUUGCACAAUGCCCAUGGCUCCAGAUUCCCUAAGAUUAUUUGCUAGUUGCCUCUUUGCUACUGUGGCCAGUUGGAGGUUUUGAGGAAUUAGCUUUGAUCCAAGGGUACUCAAGGACUUCCGCUAGUGUUAGCCUUUGGCUUGAGUUGUGUUUUAACUGUCUUGAAAUGAGGUCCCUGGCUCCCUCUGUCACAAAGUCAGGGAAUGUGAAUUCAACCCGUGAUAUCCUUCUGUAGGUCUCCUGAUAAGUGUGUGCCUCAAAGGUGUCCCCUCAAAGGUAUCCCCACUAGGAACUCAUAGCAGAGCACACCCAGGCUCCAGAGAUCCACCUUCUCAUCAUGCAUCCGACCUUCAAUCAUAUCCGGGGGCCCGUAGUCCACGGUGCCACACAGCGUGGUUCUCCUGGAAGAUGGAGCAUGCGCAGACCACCCGAAGUCUGCGCUCUUCAACUCCGCAUUUGACCCAAGCAGCAGGUUCUCUGGCUUGAUGUCUCUGUGGAUGACUCUCUUUGAAUGGCAGUAGGACAAAGCAUUUGCCAACUCCGUGAUGUAGGUAGCUAUUCUCUGCUCGUCAAACUUGGAGAGUUUUUGAAGCUCUCUAUACACUGUUCCAAGGGGCGCAUAUUCUAGAAUUAGAUAAACUCUGGUGGCAUCAUGGAAAUACCCAUAAACCCGAGGAUGUUGGGGUGCCGCAGGUGGGACUGGAUCUCCACUUCUCUCCGAAGCUGGUGCUCCACACCUGCCUUCUCCAGCUGUACUUUAAACAGCACCUUCAGAGCCAGGAUGAACUUGCUUUGCUUCUCCCUCACCAAAUAGACAUUUCCAAACUUCCCUUUUCCUAGUGGGCGGCCAAUGUCAAAAUCUUCCAAAGUCCACUCCCUUUUUGAGUCUUCAGUUUUCUGGAUGGAUGUCUGUUCCUUUUCAGAAUUUCCUGAGGCUGCAGGCUGUGGCUGCUCACUCUUCUGGGGGUUACUUAGCCGGGACGCAGGUCGAGGAACGCUGGCAGCUGGCAACUGCUUUAGCACUGACUUCUGACCUGCGACAGGUUUCUGUGCUUGUGGAGAGACACGCUGGGAGUUGGAAGGACACAGGACCCACUGGGCCUGGCCACUGCUGGCUGAUCCUGGGUGCUGAGAAGGAAUCUGCUCAGUCACCAAGACUCGUUUCGGACCGAAGGGAACUGUGGUCUUAACAGGCCUGGAGACACAGUUUUCUUUACAUCUGUCCAUGUCACCCCGGUGCCACUCAACCUUCGGUUUGCAGCAUCCAGGCUCGUCCUCACCAGCCCGGUCCCCUUCCGACUCACAGGCAGGAACCCGCUUUAUAUUUAUUUUUUAUAAGUUAAUACCAUCCUUUCACUUUAAAGGACCCAGAUUUCUCCUGAGAGUUUCUGUAAUGACACUGGAAAUGUCACUAUUUGAUAAUAAUUUGCAGUAAAGAAAAAUAUUUUACUUCUUUCUAAA